AUUUAUUCGAUACCGUAUUCUUUGUGUUGAGAAAAAAGUCAAAUCAAAUCACAUUUCUUCACGUUUACCAUCACUUUAUGGUGCCGGUCUUGGGUUGGAUGACAUUCAUCUAUUACCUGUUGUCGGCAUUUGGACCCAAAAUACAGCCCUAUUUAUGGUGGAAGAGAUAUAUCACACGAUUUCAGUUAAUACAGUUUGCGAUACUUAUAGUGUACGCCAUUAUAUUGUUUACAUUCAUGGAUUUGUCUGAUUAUCCGGCUGCUAUGAAAUGGACAGAGUCGUACGAGGAGCCGAGGGAACUGAUGUACCGAAAGAAUAUCCAUAUCUAA